AGAGUUGUUGCUUUCUUAUCUCUAUUGUGUGGCACAUAUAUAUUCAAUGGCAGAAACCCCAUCACCGUCCGAUAACAAUAAGCUAGCAGGCAAAGUGGCAAUAAUCACAGGCGGCGCAAGUGGAAUUGGCGAAGCCACUGCCCGUCUUUUUGCCGAGCACGGUGCUCUUAUCGUGGUUAUUGCUGAUAUCCAAGAUGAAUUAGGCCACCAAGUAGCUACAGCAAUUGGACACCAGAAGUGCAGUUACAUGCACUGUGAUGUUACUGAUGAAGAGCAAGUGAAGUCAUUAGUGGAGUGGACGGUCAAGAAGUUUGGUCGGCUCGACAUAAUGUUCAGCAAUGCCGGAAUUCUAGGGAGCUCAGAUCAGACCAUCCUAAAUCUUGAUCUUUCAGGAUUUGACCGUCUAUUUGCAAUCAAUGCACGUGGAAUGGCCACCUGCGUUAAGCAUGCUGCUCGCGUAAUGGUUGAGCAGCGCCUGAGAGGAAGCAUAGUGUGCACGGCUAGCGUGGCUGCUAGCAAUGGAGGCAGAAGGCGAACUGACUACCACAUGUCAAAGCACGCCGUGCUAGGGCUGGUAAGAUCAGCAAGCAUGCAGCUGGGGGUGCACGGCAUUAGGGUGAACUGCGUCUCCCCAUAUGGGGUGGUGACGCCGAUGACACUCCACGCGCACAGGAAGGGUGUGGAGGAGCUUGAGAACAUGUAUGAGACCAAUAUGAGCUUGAAAGGAGCGGCUUUGACAGCAAAACAUGUGGCAGAUGCUGUGCUUUUUCUUGCAUGCAAUGAUUCAGAAAUGGUCACUGGGCAUGAUCUUCUGGUUGAUGGAGGAUAUCGAAUUCAAUGAUUAUAUAUAUGUGUUCACUGUUGAUUGGCUGAGGCAAUCUAGUGUUCUCCUAGUCUAGCCAGUAUUUUGUUUUAAGCAUGGGUUGUGUUGGUGGUUAA